GUUUCUCAAGCAGAAAACUUCCUUCACUGUAUCUUUUGUCAAGGCUUGUUUACAAGGAAAGUGCUGUGGAGGCAUAUAAAGACCUGUAAAUUCAAGUCUAACCUUGAGAACAAGACUGGAAAAACGCGUGUCCAGUCUCUCUGUGCGUUUGCAGUACCACCACCUCCUGGGGUUAAAGAGGAGUUUUGGAAGGUAUUAAACAAUAUGAAUAAAGAUGAAAUUUUUCUCACAAUCAAAUCUGAAACUUUCAUUUUGGAAUAUGGUGAGCAUCUGUUUAAUCGACUCGGACACGAUGGAGGGAAACAUGAAUACAUCCGCCAAAAAAUGAGAGAGCUGGGAAGGCUUUUAAUAUGUUCCAGAAAAAUGACACCCCUGAUGACCAUUGAAGAUCACAUCAUGCCUAAAAAUUUUAUGCAUGUUGUCAAAGCAGUUAAGCACCUUGCAGGCUAUUCCACUGAAACCAACACAUACAAGUGCCCAAGUCUCGCACUCAAAAUUGGGUAUAGUU